AUGUUAAUAGGAGAAAUAUAUUCAACAAUAAUUUAUUGUUUUGCUACAUUUGGAUUGUUUUCUAAUUUGUUUUUAAUUUGGCUAAUUUUACGUUAUACAAUGAAAGAAAUGCAAGUUUAUAGCAAAAUACUUUUACAAACUUGUUUUGUUGAUAUUGUUGGGAUUUGUAUGUUUGUUGUUUCUCAACCGGUAAAUAAAUAUUGGGGGGGGGGAGGUUGGGGGGGGGACCAUAAUGUUGUUUCAUCCUAUCCCCGGCAUCGGGAAUUAAUGAAGAGUGGGGAAUUAUUUGACUGUUGGGAAAUAUUCAGUUAAAUAUUGACCAAGAAAAAGAUAAAUAAUAAUUAUUGGAACUUCAAAAAAUUCUAGAUUGAUUACAUUCAACCAUGUCCACUCAAAACACCUUACUCUCAAAAUAUCCUCACUGCCAUA